AUGCGAUUCUCGUUCGGUAGUAGCAGUUGUAUGGACAGGGACAAGGGUAGGGACAGGGACAGGGGCAGUGACCGUGGCGGUGGCGGUGUUGGUAGCGGUGGCGGUGGCGGUGGCGGUGGCAGUAAGAAGUUACUCGUGCCCUACAAUAGCAACGGCAGUGGCAGUGCCGGCGCUGCUGACUGUGGCCGUGGCAGCAGCAGUGACACUGGUGGUGGCAGUGGCAGCGACAGCAACAGUGACAGUGGCAGUGGAAGUGGAAGUUGCAGUGGCAGUGGUACUGGUGGUGGCAGUAUCAGUGUUGGUAGCACUGGCCGUGUCAUUUUCAGUGGCAGUGGCAGUGGCGGUGGAAGUGGAACUGGUGGUGGUGGUGGUGGUGACGGUGAUGGUGUUGUGGGCAGUACCGGUGGCAGUGGCAUUGGCAGAAGCAGUAUCAGUGUUGGUGGCAUUGACAGUGACAGUGGCAGUGGCAGUAGGAUUGGAAGUGGCAAUGGAAGUGGAAGUAGCAAUGGUGGUGGAAGUGGCGGUAUCAGUGUUGGUGGUGGUGGAGGUGGUGGUUGCAGUGGUGGUAGCGAUGUGGCAGUGGCAGAGGCAGUGGAAGUGGCGGGGGUGGUGGUGGGGGCAGUGGCGGUGGUGGUGACAGUGGCAGUGGCUGUGGAAGUGACAGUGGAGGUGGCAGUAUCAGCUCGGGAUGGCAGUGGCAGUGGCAGUGCCGCUGGCGGUGACAGUGGCAGUGACAGUGGAAGUGGCAUGGGCGGUAUUAGUGUUGGUUGCAUUUUAAGUGUUAGUUGCAGUGGCCGUGGUAGUGUCAGUGGCAUUGGUAUUGGCAGUGGCAGCGACGAUGACGGUGGCAGUGGUGGGGGCAGUGGCGGUGGCGGUGGUGUUGGCAGUGGCAGUGUCAGUAUAAGUGUUGGUGGCAGUGGCCGUGGCGGUGGCAGUGGCGUUGUUAUUGGCAGCGGCAGUGAUGAUGACGGUGGCAGUUUUGGGGGCAGUGGCGGUGGCUGUGGUGUUGGCAGUGGCAGUAUAAGUGUUGGUGGCAUUUUAAGUGUUAGUUGCAGUGGCAGGGGCAGUGGAAGCGGCAGGGGCAGGGGCAGUGGUGGGGGCAGUGUUGGUGGUGGUCACAGUGACAGUGAAAGUGGAAGUAGCAGGGGCAAAGGUAGAGGAAGUGGCAGUGGCAGUAUCAGUGUUGGUGGCAUUGAAAUAUUAAGUGUUAGUGGCAGUGGUGGAGGUGGUGGUGGUUGCGAUGGUGAUGUUAGUGGCAGUGGUGGGGGUGUUGGUGGUGGCGAUGGUGGUAUCAGUGACAGUGGCAGUGGCAGUGACAGUGGCAGUGGCAGUGUCGGUGGCACUGGUGGUGGCAGGGGCAGUGGCCGUGGCAGUAUUAGUAUAUUAGAUGUUAGUGGCAGUGGUGGGGGUGUUGGUGGUGGCGAUGGUGGUAUCAGUGACAGUGGCAGUGGCAGUGACAGUGGCAGUGGCAGUGUCGGUGGCACUGGUGGUGGCAGGGGCAGUGGCCGUGGCAGUAUUAGUAUGUUAGUGGCAGUGGUGGGGGUGUUGGUGGUGGCGAUGGUGGUAUCAGUGACAGUGGCAGUGGCAGUGACAGUGGCAGUGGCAGUGUCGGUGGCACUGGUGGUGGCAGGGGCAGUGGCCGUGGCAGUAUUAGUGUUGGUGGCAUUUUAA